AUGAAAUAUGCGGUUCUUAUACCGAAACGUGAGACCGCAAAUUCUUUAAUCUCUUUGAAAACUGAUAAGGAAGAGAGUGAGAACCAAAAAGAACGGCAGCAAGGAGGUGAAUAUCUGUUCGAAUCUCGAAAAUCUUACUGGUGGUUUUGGGCUAAUCCAGUUCUUUUUUCAGAACUUCCAAAUUUGUCAAGAGGAGGUUCGACACUGGAACACGCGACUUAUUUGAGUCUCAUCAAUGAUAAAGAGAAUUUCCAGGCUUCGGGAUGUGGCUGGGACUUGAUUCGACUUCAAUGCCACGACUUGUUCGGGCUGUGUAAAGGAGGCUGUCGGGAUUUCGCAAUUGCCAUCAAUUCUCCGAUACAUGAUUGCCGAUGUAUUCCAUUUGGUUACUUGGCACUGGUGAAGUUGGCUGGAAAGUAA